UCUUCAAGCUUACUCAAAGUUAAGAGGUCGGUUUCUUUUCUCAUUGGGUUUGCAAAAAAAUCAUUUCAUCUCUUGCAACAUUUUAAACCCGGGUUUCUCCGACGCUAUACCAUCCACGCUGUUUCGCCCACCACAACCCACGCCAAACUCCACCACUGCUGCCCUCUACUUCCGUCGCCUGAGUUUUUCGCCGACGUCCCUCCUCUCUCUCGCUACUGGUUCCGCUGCUCUCUUCUCUCAUCCAGAAAACUCUAAAAGACCAAAUAUUUCCGUAAAAUUCUUGAAAUUAUCUGAUAAAUUCCUAUCAUUAAUGUCAACUCGUUGCCGUCCCUUUCUCCGAGUCACCAUUCUCAGCAAUAGUGGGAGCGAAAGGACUAAACUCAACUAUUUAUUUAUUUGUCUAUAUGACAACUGCCAAGUGCAAAUAUUCACCAGUUAUACUGUAGGAAUUGGGUAUAUUGCUUGCUGCCUUGCUGCAGAUGAGGGUCUUGCUCAACUAAGUGGUAUGCGGUCGUGGCUUAGGGGGUCUUGGUCCAAACAAUUUCUCUUGAUCCCUGCCUUUAGAGAUUGGAAACCAUACAAGAUUGGAACAAUUACACGGUUGACCUGCUGAUAAAUCUAGAGAAAUCUCUAAGACAUGUUUUUUUUGUGGUUUUUAUUAGUUUUGUGCUUGCGUGUUGUUGCAAGCCUAUGGUAUUUUUUUGGUUAGAGAUUGAAUAAUAGUUGAUAAAUCUUCGAUUCCUAUGAAAUUUGGUGGUUUACUUUUGCUAUUUUUAUCAUGGUUAUUUCUUAUA